AUGCUACAGACAGUACACUUCCCAGUUGAUUCUACGCCACCUCGCAAUCUGACAGACAACUUUACAGUGAUCAUGCAGAUGAUAUCAGAUAUGAAUAUUGAGGAAAAGAUUCAAACAUCGGUUGAUACAUUGAAAAGCCAAGCGUUAGAGGAAGCAAAGCUCUGGUUUUCUGUAAACAAGAAAGCUCCAUCAGCUGAAUCUGUAACAUCAACAUUGAGGACCUCGAAUUCUUGGCAACCUCCUAAUCUCAAUCUUGUCAAAUGCAACGUGAAUGCAAGUUGGAGGAAUGCAACUGCUAUGGUGGGCGCUGCAUGGAUUCUGAGAGAUCACCAGGGUAAUGUUUUGUUCCACUCAAGAGAUGCUUUCACUCCCUCUGGGAAUAGAUUAUUUGCAGAGCUUAGAUGUAUCAGCUGGGCUCUUCAGAGUAUACAUGAUAUGAGUUUUAGAGACGUGAUUUUGGGAAUCGACUCCCAUGAUGCCUUUCAAGCGAUCUCUAAUGCUAUAACAUGGUCAAGAUAUCGUCAUUUACUCGACAAGAUCAAGGAUGUGCGCUCUGCCUUUGAGUCGGUGAUUUUUAAACAGGAAUCAACAUAUUCAAAUUCCAUUGCAUGA